UCUUCUCAGAGCUGUUCUCCACUCCUGACUUCUCCUAGGCUUGAGAAUUGAUAACAUCCUCUUCUGGAUCCUGACAGUGUCCAGAAGAAGGCCAUGGACAGAACGGAGACUAGGUUCCAUAAGAGGGGACAGAUUACGGGAAAGAUCACGACCAGCCGUCAACCGCACUCCCAGAAUGAGCAGAGUCCCCAGCGGAGCACCUCGGGGUACCCCCUCCAAGAGGUGGUGGAUGAUGAAGUGUUGGGACCAUCAGCCCCUGGGGUAGAUCCCAGCCCCCCAUGUAGGUCCCUUGGCUGGAAAAGGAAGAAGGAGUGGUCAGAUGAAUCUGAGGAGGAGCCGGAGAAGGAGCUCACCCCUGAGCCUGAGGAGACCUGUGGAGUGGAGACGCUGUGUGGGCUCAAGAUGAAGCUGAAGCAACAGCGAGUGUCACCCAUCCUCCCUGAGCACCACAAGGACUUCAACAGUCAGCUUGCCCCUGGGGUAGAUCCCAGCCCCCUGCAUAGGUCCUUUUGCUGGAAAAGGAAGAUGGAGUGGUGGGACGAAUCUGAGGACUCGUUGGAGGAGGAGCCACGGAAGGUGCUCGCCCCUGAGCCUGAGGAGAUCUGGGUGGCGGAGAUGCUGUGUGGCCUCAAGAUGAAGCUGAAGCGACGGCGAGUGUCGCUCGUGCUCCCUGAGCACCACGAGGCCUUCAACAGGCUGCUUGAGGAUCCUGUCAUUAAAAGAUUCCUGGCCUGGGACAAAGAUCUGAGGGUGUCGGACAAGUAUCUCCUGGCUAUGGUCAUAGCGUAUUUCAGCCGGGCCGGCUUCCCCUCCUGGCUAUACCAACGCAUUCAUUUCUUCCUGGCUCUCUACCUGGCCAAUGACAUGGAGGAGGACGACGAGGACGCCAAACAAAACAUCUUCCACUUCCUGUAUGGGAAGAACCGCUCUCGCAUACCCUUGCUCCGUAAGCGUUGGUUCCAGUUAGGCCGUUCCAUGAACCCGAGGGCCAGGAAGAACCGCUCUCGCAUACCCUUGCUCCGUAAGCGUCGGUUCCAGUUACGCCGUUGCAUGAACCCGAGGGCCAGGAAGAGCCGCUCUCAGAUAGUCCUGUUCCAGAAACGUCGGUUCCACUUCUUCUGUUCCAUGAGCGGCAGGGCUUGGGUUUCCCCGGAGGAGUUGGAGGAGAUCCAGGCUUAUGACCCAGAGCACUGGGUGUGGGCGCGAGAUCGCGCUCGCCUUUCCUAGAGCUCCAGGGACCGUGGAGGCCUGAGGUCAUCGGCCUGAGAGAAGAACACCGGACCCAGGGGAGAUGUGGAUUUUCAGCAGGAACUUUAUUCCAAUGCUAAUGGCAGACACCAGGAAGGAGGAGAGGAACCAU